AUUUUUGACAUGUGAAAUUGGGAAUUUUUAAAUAUUAACUCAACCUCAAAUCCAAUAACCACAAUCCAAAUUCAACAUGAUGAUAAACAUAAGACAAUCACCUCAGCUCUAUCAAUCCUAUUCAAGAAUGAAAUCAAAAAAACAAUAAUUACUACGAUGAUUACUACACCUAAAUGAGGCUGAAAACGUCGUCGUCUUGUCGUCCAAGAAUCAUUCAACUCAAAAUGACGAUUCUCGCCGGCACCUUCCAUUCCAUUCCAACUCCUUCUGCAUGGCCUUUUCUUCAUCACACUUCUCUCAAAUUUCACACACACACUCUUCGCAAUCUCCGUUCCUUCUCUCUCUACAUCUUCAUCUAAUUCUAUCUUCUCAAUUUCUCAUCACAUCAUGAAGCAAACCUCAAUCUUCGCCUGCGCUGUUUCACUUCUCCUCCUCCUCCGCUUAGCGGAAUCCGAGGAGAAUCUAGUGCGAGAUUCCCUGCUCGACUUCUUCUCCAAACUCUCCAACAACAAGAGCAUCUCCGCCCCCGGCUCCGGCUGGAACUCCACCUCCGACCCCUGCCGCGACAGCUGGCGAGGGGUCACGUGCGAUCCUCUCCUGCACGUGCAGGAGAUCCACCUCGGCGGCCUCGGCCUCCGAGGCGUCUUCGAUCCGGGAACGCUCUGCAACGAGCGCUCCCUCUCCCAAUCCCUCUCCACCAUCAACGUCGCCGGAAACGCCCUCCGCGGCGAGAAUCUCCCCGCCAUCGCCAACUGCUCCGACCUCGCUCACUUAGACCUGAGCUCGAACCAGUUCGCGACGGCGCAGCUCGGAGAUUCCAUCCCCCGCCUCAACAAUCUCCAAACCCUAGACCUAUCCAGCAACAUGAUUCCCGGUUCCUUACCGGAUCUUUCACAGAUGCAUGCCCUAACAAAGUUCAAAGCUCAGCAAAACGACUUCUCCGGCGCCAUACCGGACCUCGAUUUCUCGAGGUUCGGAGAGUUCAACGUCUCCCACAACAGCCUCUCCGGCUCGAUUCCGUUCGGGGCGCGUGGCUUGCCGCCGAGCAGCUUCUUCGACAAUCCAGAGCUCUGCGGCCCUCCGUUGCCGAGAAGCUGCUCUCAGGCAGCUGCUGAGGAGUCCACUCCCGACGCGGCGCCGCUUCCUCCUCCUCCGCCACGAAGAGCUGAGAAAAGUGGCAUCACAAAUCAGCAGAUUCUGAUGUACAUAGGCUAUGUGGUGGUGGCCUUCGUGGCGGUGUCCCUGAUCCUUAUAUGGUUGAGGAGGAAGGGGAAGAAGAACGAAGACGCGGUGGAGGCGGCCGCGGGUGAGGACAGCGUGAUGAAGCCGAGUUUCUCCACGGUGGAGCUCAAGGCAGGGAAAGGCGACUACUCGAGCGGGCAAAUGUCGACGUCGUUGAUCGUGCUGACGAGCCUGGAGGCGAACGGGAUGAGGUUCGAGGACCUGCUGAAGGCGCCGGCGGAGCUGCUGGGGAGAGGCAGCCAUGGGAGCGUGUACAAGGUUGUGUGUGAGGAGCAAGGGAUGACUCUUGCGGUGAAGAGGAUUAAGGAUUGGCAGAUUUCGAGUGGUGAGUUUAGGCAGAGGAUGAGGAGGCUCAAUCAGGUGAAACACCCCCAUGUUAUGCCUGCUGUUGCCUACUACACCUCAGGGCAGGAGAAGCUCAUUGUGUAUGAGUAUCAGCAGAAUGGGAGCCUCUUCAGCCACAUUCAUGCCACUGGAAAUGGGAACAGACCGGCGCUGGACUGGAGCAGCAGGCUGACUGUUGCCGCUACUGUAGCGGAUGCAUUGGCCUACAUGCACGAGAAGCUGCAGUAUGACAGGAUCCCUCACGGGAACCUGAAAUCCUCCAACAUCCUGUUGAACGGGAACAUGGAGGCCAGCAUCAGUGAGUACGGGCUGAUGCUGGUGCAAGUGGAGGGUCAGGAGCAGAGAGGAGGAGGCGGCGUUCUUGCCAAUGGGGCCCUCGAGGAAGCUCAGGAGGACUACAAGGCCAUUUUCAAGGCGGAUACUUAUGCGUUUGGGGUGGUUCUGCUCGAGCUGCUCACGGGGCGGAUGGUUCUCACCGAGGGGUUGGACCUGGGGAGCUGGGUCGUGGCCGUGGUGAGGGAGGAGUGGACGGUGGAGGUGUUUGACAAGAACUUGAUGCGGGAAGGUGUCAACGAGGAGAGGAUGGUGAAUUUGCUACAAAUCGCGAUUAGGUGCGUGGCCAAGCCCCCCGAGGCGCGGCCUAGCAUGAGACAGGUGGCGCUCGCGAUUGGCGCGAUAAGGGAGGAGGAUGAGAGGUCUUUGGAUGUAUCCGACUUGUCCGUGACUCAAUCGUUUGUUGGUUUAUAGCGGGAAAAUCAGAAUCGGUUCAAAGUUGGUGAUGGGGAAAAUGUGUUGUGAGUGAUGAUAGAGUAGAGAAAUUUAUGAUGUGGUGUGGUCAAGGCAGCCACAAUUUAUGAUUUAAUGGAAUAAGUAUUGAACAUGGUUUUGGUUUUUUGAUUGUAAUGCAAUUUGGAUGAACAUAGUACUAUAUAUAUCGCAAUUUCGUGUUUUA